UAAAGGUGUGUAUUUUACCGGGAUGGCUUCGCUCAGUCUUCAAUAUUGUGAAAAAAUAAAGUCAUUGCAGGAUAAAAAGCAUGAUCAGUAUGAAAUUUAAGAAUAUUAUUACUUCUAUUUCUUUUUAAUAAGUUUUAAUAAAUUUAAAUCUAAUUGAGAAUUUGAUUUAGUUAUUUUUUCUAUGUUUAAAUUUUCAAUGUGAUGUGUUUGAACAUGUAUUCUGAACUGAGAAUAAUCUUUUAGAGAAAAAGCACGAUUGGACAUGGAAAAGCAGCUAAAUUCUUAUCUUAAUUCUGAUAGAAGAAUCAAUCGAUUGAGGUCUGCAAAAUUGCAGGCUAAAUGGAAAGAAGUAUGUGAGAAUGAACAGCGUAGUAAACAAAGAAAUACUCAACUUUUACAAAAGUUUGAUCAAAUUAAAGAACAGAUUAAUUUAUUUGAUGUGCGUUCUGAAAAACUAAGACAAAUGAAGGAGCAGUAUGAAGAUUAUAUCGAAAGUUUGUAUCCGAGAUGGAAGGAUAAUGUUGAAGAAUGGAAGAAGCAUAAAGAAUUAGACAAGGAGCAACAAGAGAAAAUGAAAAUGGAAAGCCAUCAGAGAAAUAUAGAAUUGAUAGAACAUUCUCAUUACAAUAUGCCUACAAAGUCGUUUAUUCAAAGUCAACAGCAAUAUCAACACCAACAGCAAGAGCAGCAGCAGCAACAGCAACAGCAACAACAAUAUCCUUAUCAUUCACAACAACCGUUUAAUCCUCCGCAACAACAACAGCCGUACCAUCCUCCGCAACAACAACAGGCGUAUCGUCCUCAACAACAAGAAUCUCUGCAGUAUCAGUAUCAUCAGCAAUUAGUACGUAAUCAAUAUGUCGGAGAUAGACUAGAGGAACAAAAACUGCCUCAAGGGAAUCAGACAAUGAAUGAUACCUAUGAAUUAGAUAAGAAGAGAAGAUCAGAAGAUUUUGCGUAUUACGAACAACAGAAAAAUCAAACAUAUUCUAAAUCUCCAGUAGCCCCCAGGGAUUCAACGACUUUGGAUGAUUACGAUGAUGCUGAUGAAGAGAGCUCAGCGAAAGAUCCACCUCCCAUGCGCAUUGAAGUUUCUAAAAAAGAAAUGAAGAAUGUUAAAACUACUCCUCCUAUUCCAGCACCUCAACCCAGGCGUUCAAUUAUAGAUGAAGACGGUAGUUCUGCCAGUGAUAGCCGUUUCUCACCUGAAAGAACGACAGAGGAUAUUUAUCCAAUUUCGCCAAGACUUUCAUCAGUCCCUCCGGAAAAAGUAACAUUGCAGGGCUUCUUCAGAAUGCUCGAGGAAUUAAAUUACAUUUUACCUCAAGCUCAUCCUCGUCAAAUGUUCUAUAAAGCUGGAUUGCAUGUAGAUGAAAGUGAACGAAGAGAAUUGUUAAUUAACGCAGAUAAAGGAGCCUCUGGUUUGGUAGAUGAUAGAAUUACACCUGAAAAGUUGUCUUCCAUAAUACUGGAUCAAUUACCGGCCAUUGUACAAAAUUUAGAAGGAGGUUAUCUAUGGUCGGAUAAGCUUGUUAAAAACCCACCUAUAGAAAAAACUUAUGAAAGUGUCAGGAAAUUUAUAGAUGAACCUUCAAGAGCUUUAUGGCAAAAUCUUUGGGAACAUUUUAUGCAUUUAACGCUUUAUAAAUUUAUGAAGCCAAAUGUUCUGGCUCAGACGUUUGCUGGUCAUUUACUAAGAUCAGGAGUAACUCUGGAUUUAGAGCGAAAGAAGGAUUUUGCUUGUCAAACAAACUUAAUAACCGUCGAAGAGCAGAGAAGAGGGCGUCAAACAACGUUUGCAACCGACUCUUUUGAUAUAAUUUUAUCAGGAAUACCCAAGGACCGAUUAAGUGUUUUGACAUUGUCAAAAAUAACUGAAGUUUUGUUAGACGAAGCUGCUUCAAAGGCUUCAGAUGAUUUAAUGGACUUGCAGGAUAUAACAAGUGAUUCCGGAUACGGAGGAUCAACUUUUAACGAUAAUCAUAAAUUUAAUGACGUCGCUAUUAAUCUACUGGAAGCUUUGGUAAAGGCUUCAAAUCCGAAUAAUGUAGUUUCUACACCGGAUUCAGCGGAAGCGGUUGAUAAUAUUUUGUUAGUUUCCCCUAGGCCACGAACCUCAAAAUCCCCUGUUCCAAACUUAGCUCUUCAAGAGAAUUUGAUUGAAGAAGAUCCCGAGCCUCCAAUUGGAUUGCAAACGCAAACUACACAAUCCAGCCUGCAGUCUUCUGGAGCUCAGGAAAAUGCUUUAUCUGAUGCCUACCAACGAAAUAGAUUAUUGCUAACAGGAAGUGGAACUUUGCAAUCGGCAGGUGAUAUUAGUGACGAUAGUUCAGAAGAUAGUUUAGAGAAAGCAAUAAGAGCUGUUCAGAGUAAACCGACAUCUGAGUCUAUCGAACUCAAACACAAAGACGAACCUAGAUCAUCUGCUACCUCAACUUUCUCGGUCAGCCCCCGCAGCCCUCCGCCGAUAACACCAAGAACGCCUAGGACAACAUCUCAACCAGCUAAGCAAAAAAUAAAUCCAUUGGCUUCUUUGUCAUCAAAUAAGAAUAAAUUGUUUAACGAUAGUGAUACCGAUGAAGACAUGGAAAAAAUCAACACUGGCCAGAGCAAGGCUGACGACGACGACGAUUUCGAAAAUGAUGAUUUUUACAGAUAA